UAUGAGAGAACAGUAAAUUCUAUCUCUCUCUGGUGGCAAUCUGUGCGCACAGCAUCGGAUCUCAGCAUCACCCCCACUCGCUGCCACUGCCAGCUCACAGAACCGGUUUGCCCAAACUUCGAGACAAAACAAAAUCGCGCCAGAGGAGGAGGAGGAUCAGGGAAGAAAGAAGGAAAUUACAAUGGAAUAUUUAACACGGAGGCAAGGGGAAUCUCUCGGGACUUGGGACAGCAGCGACGCCACAGAAGGCAACUGGACUGAGUUCUUCACGGCAUUGCGAUGGAUAGAAUUUUCAAUGGUGAUUUUGAGUAUAGUGGGCUCAGGCUCCAUCAUUGGAUACACUGCAUUGCAGCGGCUCGUUCGACACCCGGAGAUACGUCCAUUGUUCUACCUGAGUUUGAAUGAUCUGUUGCUGGCGUUUUGUUGGCUGAUUGGAGUUCUGUUCUACGGAGAGUCGUUCAGUGCUCGCAACAUUGCCUGCUAUAACGUCCAAGCGCUGGCACAGGUCCUGUACACCUCCUCAUUUUGCUACAUUCUGAACUAUACCUGGUGCCUGUACAGUGAUAUGAGGACGAGGGUUCAUGCCACGUUGAAUAGAACAUCUUGCCAGGCGGUGGCAGAAAAGGGUGUCAGACUGAACAAGAUUCUGGUUACCUCGUCCAGUUUGGUUCCUGUCGUACUGAUGGUUCCUGUAUUUUGCGUUGGAAAUAGAUACCGCUGUUAUGCCCCCUACAGCAGCUCAUGCCUCCUGUUGCACAGUGAAGUAUUUGGACUCAACUACACCAAUAUUAUGGAUCACAAGACUGCAUGUCAUACUGCGUACCUGUACAGCAAUGUCAUCUUCCUCAUUACUUUUCUCUUCACCUUACUUGGACUUGUGAUUCUUCUAAUUAAAACACGGUUCUUCUACAAGAAGUUGGUGACUCUGACCGGCUUUCUCGGUGACCAACAGUGGGCAAAAAUCACCGUUAUUGAGCAGAGAGCCUUUCUGUACCCCACAGUUUUUUUGUUCUGUUGGGGACCAGCGUGUAUUCUAACUAUGGUCAAGCUGCUGAAUCCAAUGAAAAUGGGCCGCCUUUUCAUCGUACUACACAUCUUACAGGCGUUCACAGCUGCAUCCCAGGGACUGCUGAACAGCAUUGUGUACGGCUGGACACAGAGAACGCUCCUCCGGUACAUGAAGCACAAGACCCACUGCGAUGCCAAUACACAGACCCCACUCCUGCGUUUUCAGAAGCGAUUGUACAACAGCAUGGCAGAUCAGCUGAAAAUCUCACCCACAGUCUGAAGGGCAACUGUGGAAACAUUACCCUCAUUUCAAUGGACACUUGUAUUGAUAAUGGAGAACAACUUUCACGCCCCUUUCAUGAUGUUAAAAACACCUCCAGCAAAUGAAGAAAAGGAAGCGCCAAGCACUUUUUCCAUUAAAUACCGGGUCAACUAUUUGUUGCUUGACAGAACAUGGAAUACAACUGGGGCAAUAGAAAAUUAUUUUUAUUAUCAAUUCUUAUAAUGACUCGGAAGGAAGCUGGUGUUUCUACAUUUUUAUCUCCUUCAAAUGUAAUUACUUUUUUUUUUUAAUUCUGAA